GCUUGAUUUCAUACGGAUUUAUGGCUUCUACAGGAGCAGAAACCUUCGUUUCACAAUCUCACUGCUCGUGUUCAGUCUACCUCGGAUUUUUUUUAUUUAGACAUUAUGGCUAAUAAUCUAAAUCAUUAUGAUGAAAAGUAAUGGGGAUUUCUUUUACUUCCGGAGCUAUGCAACCAACCACCCGGAACUACAUUGCUGUAACAGACCGGAAGGUGGAUGUAACGGACGCGAUACAGAAACGGAAGCCCCUGAAGGAAAAUGUCGAGUGAAAAAUGUUAAACGGGGGUUUAUUUAGUCGACGGUUGACCCCCCGCGUUGUUAUAGACAACCUCUCCGUUUAGCUACUUUAAGGACGGAACUUAACACGCACGUUGUGACGUGAAUUAUUCUGUUUCGAGACUCAUUUAAAGCUGCUUUUGGAUGGGAACAUUACAAGCCAGGUCCAAGUGGUUUCAUGAUGUUUCCCGCUACGAAAAACAUGGAUUCUAUUCACAGUGGGACCGGUGUCUUCUACCAGGCCAUACCUGCUGUCGGAGCCGACGGAAAGAACAUCAUGAAACUGAUUCCUGUACAAAUGGUCAACGGGCAGUUUUUCCAGUCUCCAAUAAGCAAGACGGAUUUGACACAACAGAAAGCUGUCGGCCUGAACAUCGCCUCAGCACCUGUUCAGACGGUACAAAAGGCAGCGUUGAGUCCUUCUGCCACUCAGCAAGAUGUCAGGAAGCAGGUUUCCAUCAUUAAUGUCUUCCCUAAUCAAGUGGGUUUGGAUCGCGGUAGUUCACUAAACAAGCAUCCACUGCAGCAACAGAGGGUGAAUUUAAUAGCCAUACCUCAGAUGGAAACACCUGCAGCAAACAGUGCGAAGUCAGGAAGACUUCCAGGUCCGCUCCCAGUCACCGUGAAAGCUCCAGCCAUCCCCAGAGGACGGUACCUUCAGAUUACCCCUAAUGCAACAGUCCCAACAGUCCCAAGAGUACCAGCAGUCCCUACAGUCCCUGCAGUCCAAACAGUCCCAACAGUCCCAAGAGUACCAGCAGUCCCUACAGUCCCUGCAGUCCAAACAGUCCCAACAGUCCCGAGAUCCCCAGCAGUCCCAACAGUCCCAGCAUCUGAACUACCUCCUCGUGUCAAGAGACCGAUUUUUCCUUUGCCAGCCAACUCCUCUCCGAGUUCAGGCUCAGCCGGUGUGGCCUACACGUCACCAGCUGUCACAACUGUCAGUGUUUCUGCACUCGACACGCUCAAGUUUCUCUGCAACAUGUCAAAUGCUACUUCAUGUGGAUCGCCAUCAAAAGGACCAAAACCACAUUUAAAAUUAAUUCCAAAGGUUUCACAAAGGCCCGACAGCCCCAUUAAGUGGGUAAUCGAAGAAGAGGACAGCUUCGCGGCUCCGACUCUUGAUCCUGCUAAUUUUUCCGUCAGUUCAGAGAUUCUUCGAGCCUUCGCAGAGAGCGAAAGUGCUCCCAAGCACUGCAACGCUUUUACAAAUCCGGUCUCCGGGUCGAGUCUGGGCAAAAGUGGACAAGGACAGGAAAGCACCUCGGUCAACUCCAACAGGAAGGUGGUUUUGGCGGCCAAAAACGGUAGCGUACCAUAUAAAAUGGGAAAAAGCGACUCACCCACAGCGGCGGGAAAAAGUUAUGAAUACAACAAAACCACCGUGCCUUCAUCCCAACAAUCACUUGAGUCAGUUUCACCUCCGAAAAGGCAGGGCAUCAGAAUAAUCAUCCCAAAAGGGUCGCACGAAGUGAUUGAUCUCUGUGACGACGACGCUCACAUUGAUUCGUCCCCACCAGCGGCAUCCGUUCACAUGUCGGCGGCCGCUCGUCCGGAUGAAGACAAUGUAAUAUUUGUGUCGUAUAUCCCCCCCAAGACUGACUCGGAGUCCACGCAAGAUUUGAGACUAAAAACACAAAUGGCACCUGGGAGGGAAACGGACAAGACGGGUACAAGCAGCUCGAACAAUGUGACCGAACAGAAGAGCCCGGAUGGUACAACUGGCACUCUUGCAAGAAGAAAACCUGUCCACAGCAUGUCCGUCAACGCAGCUAAAAACGUUACGCGUGUUUGCGGUUCAGCAGCGACGAACAUGCAGAAUAACGAGGGUCCGAACUUUAGCAGUCGGCGGAGCACCGCCACCCAACAGUCGAAGGGCGUGGGAGUUGACGUAGAAAGACAAAGUCCAGCAGAUCGCGUAAAUAUUGCCUCAGCUGCUGUUCAGAUGGUGAACAAGGCAGCGUUGAGUCCUUCUGCCACUCAGCAAGUUGUCCGGAAACAGGUUUCCCUCAUGAAUGUCUUCCCUAAUCAAGGGUGUUUGGAUCUUCCACUGCAGCAACAGAACGUGAAUGUAAUAGCCGUCGUUCCUCAGAUGGAAACACCUGCAGCAAAGAGUGCGAAGUCAGGAAGACUUCCAGGUCCGCUCCCAGUCACCGUGAAAGCUCCAGUCAUCCCCAGAGGGCAGUACCUUCAGAUUACCCCUAAUGCAACAGUCCCAACAGUUCCAGCAGUCCAGAGAGUCCAAACUGUCUCAACAGUCCCGACAGUCCAAACAGUCCCAGUAGUCUUGACGGUACCGAGAGUCCCAGCAGUCCCGACAGUCCCAGCAGUCCCAGCAUCUGAACUACCUCAUGUCAAGAGACCGCUUCUUCCUUCGCCAGCCGACUCCUCGCCGAGUUCAGGCUCAGCCGGUGUGGCCUACACGUCACCAGCUGUCACAACUGUCAGUCCACAAAAAGUUUCUGCUCUCGACCCGCCCAAGUUUCUCUGCGAUAUGUCCAAUGCUACUUCAUGUGGAUCGCCAUCAAAAGGACCAAAACCACAUUUAAAAUUAAUUCCAAAGGCUUCACAAAGGCCCAACAGCCCCAUUAAGUGGGUAGUUGAAGAAGAGGACAGCUUCGCGGCUCCGGCUCUUGCUCCUGCCAAUUCUUCCGUCAGUUCAGAGAUUCUUCGAGUUGUUGCAGAGAGAGAAAGUGCUGCCAAGCACUGCGACGCCCUUACAAACCCGGUCUCCGGGACCGAACAGAAGAGCCUGGAUGGAACAACGGACGCUGGACGGAGUGUGUCCGUCAACGCAGUGAAAAACUUUACGCGUGUUUGUGGUUCAGCAGCGACGAACAUGCAGAAUAAUGAGGGUCCGAACUUUAGCAGUCAGCAGAGCACCGCCACCCAGCAGUCGGAGAGCAUGCAAGUUGAUGUAGAAACAAAGAGUCCAGCAAAUCCCAGCAACUCCGACAGCAGCAAAAUAGAGAUGGACACCCACAAAAUGAAGAGCUCUUUGAAUCCCGCGACCAGUUGGACGUCUUCGCCGGCACCAGAAUCCCGUCGCCUGGCCGACAGUCUACUGAGACAGAUAUUUGGGAUAACGGCCAAUGUGAAAGUUUGCCUGCAGAGGAUUGACGGUGCCUCAGUCGGGUCUCGUCCCGCAGGGUCUAGAGGGGAAGAACUUUCUUUAAAGGACCUUAACCGCCCACAAGGAAGCGACAGCUGCAGCGGCGCGAAAGCAGAAGGCUCUGCCGCUCCGAGCGCUCACGCAGACGUCGAACCUCUCAGGUGUUCGCACUUCCAGCCGAACGCGAAACCUCUCUCUGUGUCGAAGGGCAAACGCCACGCGGGUGACGCUCCACUCAAGGGAACGUCGUCGUGCGAUGCCGAAACGGAGCCGGCCUUUGGCUACGUGGAACCCAUAGAGGAGGAUUUCCUCAGCACGGACGAAAACGACAUCCCAAACGCGCAGGACGCAGCCGGCCGGCCGGCGACUCAGACGUGUGCGGAUCUGAACGCAAACACGAGGAGAAUGGGAAGAACCAGGAAGCGCACAACGUGUCCGUGCUGCGUCCCCGGCGCCCAAGACCCAAAGUCCGAGGAGCCAGAGGACUGGGCGUGGGCCGCCGAGCAGACGAGUAAAAAAGGGAGGAGAACGAAGGCUGUGAGGAAAGCUGUGAGAACAUCUGGAAGGACCUACUGUCUGAGUGCCAGGAACAAGCGCGGCAGUAAGACUCCCGAGGGUCCAGCCGGCGAGAGUUUCUCCGCAGCAUCCGUGGACUCUGACGAAGUGAAACGACAGGAACGGAUCAGAAGACUCAAAGAGCUUCUGAAAGAGCAAGAAGCAGCUUUAGAAGUGAUGAGAAACGGAAGAGCUGAGACGAGCAGUCCAAUAUUUUAAACUCUUAAUAUUCUUACAAAGUUAAUGGAUUUAUUUUUAGCAUAUGAUGUAACAUAACUCUCCCCUUUCAUGGCUAAGCUGUCCUCUCAAAUAAAUGCCAAAAGAUUAUCUUAAAAAAAAAAAAAAAAAAAAAAUCUUCUGCUACAUUUCCCCCUCUCAUUCCCCCCUGCUCUGGC